AUGUUCAAAUUAAUAAUUUCUUUAGUUAUUUUAACCAUUUCUGCCUUCUAUUUAAUUUCAGCUUCUGGCCCAUACGAUACAUUAGCUCAAUGCCAAGCUGUAUGUAAAGAUAACAAUCCAUGUAAUAAAAAAGAGUGUCUCUGGUACUAUGGCUAUUUCUGCGAUAUUUCUCCAUUAAAUUGCGAUGACACUAAUGCUUGCACUACUGAUUCUUGCACUGCUGCUGGUACCUGUUCUAAUAUUCCAAUUAAUUGUGAUGAUAAUAAUCCAUGUACCUUUGAUUAUUGUCAUGGUGCUCUUGGCUGUAUCCAUGUUACCCAAGAUUGUAAUGUUGUUGUUCCAUGUAAUAAAACUGCCGAUUGCCAAAGAGGUAAAAGAUGCGAAACCUACAAAUGUAUUUCCGGUAGAUGCGAUUAUGACCCAGUUGUCUGUCCACCAGAACUCCCAUGUUCAGAAGGUUCAGGUGCAUGUAUCAAUGCUCCAACCAACUAA